UAAAACAAAGCAUUGAACUGUAGAUGUAAUAUUAAUUAACAUUGACUUAUGCGGUAAUUAUUAUUCUGUCUAAUAGGAAAUGAAGUAAUAACAAAACAUCUUUCUCCAGGAAUUAAUAUUUUAAAAAAAAUAUAAAUCGUGUUUUGUUCAAGUUGUGAUUUGUUUUGUGGUAUAUAACUAAAUACAAAAAAAAUCAACCAAUCAAAAAUGAGUAAAAUGAUACACUAUUAUAAAUCUCUACUUACAUUUGAGUAUAUAAAGGAAGCCAUAAUACAGAAACAAAGCUGAAAAUUUAUCUGAUAAUUAGGCAUGCUUUGGAGUACCGCUUUACCUCCCACAGUAGCAUUCGUGUUUACUAUCCUAGUAACAUUAUUCCAAAAUAAAGCGGAAUGUAGAAAAUCUUCACUGGAUGUUACUAACCCUGAGACAUGGAAAAAGUUAGCUGAUAAGAAAUUUGAAAAAUUUAAAAUGACCCAUGCAUAUUCAACGGUUAAACAUCCAAAGAAUGUUAUCUUAUUCCUUGGAGAUGGAAUGAGUUUGAGCACAGUGACGGGUGCAAGAUAUCUAAAGGCAGAGAAAAUGAAUCUUCAAGGUGGUGAUGUCGAGUUAGCAUGGGAAGAUUGGCCUGUUGCAUCACUUGUUCGUACAUUUAAUUCAGACAGAUUGACAACAGAUUCUGGGUCUGCUGCUACAGCGUUUUUGUCAGGUGCAAAAGGGAGUUUUGAAACUGUUGGUGUUACCGGUAAUGUGAGUUGUUGCCAAUGCACUGAACUGAAAGAAGUAGAAAGAGCAAAAUCUUCACUUCAUUAUGCAUCUAAAGCAGGACUGUCUACUGGAAUAGUAACAACUACUAGGGUUACUCAUGCAACUCCUGCAGCCUCCUAUGCUAACAUAUUGUAUCGAGAUUGGGAGGGAAGUGGAGCAACAAAUGACAAAGGAUAUAAAUGUGUGGAUGCUGCUGCACAACUUCUAACGAAUGGUUCUGAUAUUAACGUUGUAAUGGGAGGUGGAGCAUCAGUAUUCUAUGGACCAAAUGAAAGCAUCGCUUUUCGAUCCAAAGGAAGACGGAAGGAUUCACGUAAUCUCCUACAAGAAUGGCGACAGAUUCAGACUCAAAAGCAGCGCAAGCAUGCUGUGAUACAUACAACUAAAGAGUUUAAUCAAACAGACUGGUCGUCUGUUGAUUUCGUUCUGGGUUUGUUUGCUCCAAAUCAUCUGGACUACUAUGUUAAUAAUGCAGACCAACCAACUUUAGCUGAUAUGACAGAAGCUGCAAUCAAAAUAUUAUCUCGUAAUCCAAAAGGAUUUCUUCUCUUAGUGGAAGGAGGUCGAAUCGAUCAUGGUCAUCACACCAGUCAAGCACAAUAUGCAUUAACUGAAACCUUGGAAAUGGAAAAAGCUGUCGAAAGAGCACUCAGCCUGGUUGAUCCAUCUGAGACACUGUUAAUGGUUACAGCUGAUCAUGCACAUGUUUAUGGAGUAGUUGGUUACGCUAAACGAGAUACAAGUAUAUAUGAUGUGGAUAGCACUAAAAAGGGGAAUGACAAUAAAUCCUAUUUGAUAUCUACGUACUUCAAUGGACCAGGAGGUCUCUUGGAUAAACCUCGGUCGGAUCCUGCACUGGAGCCUAAUCGGUUUGAUCCUAGUUAUAUUGCUCAGUCACUUGUCAAUGUAUCCUUUGGUACACAUAGUGCUGAAGAUGUUCCAAUUUAUGCCUUGGGUCCAUUUAGUGAACUGUUCCACUCUCCGUGUGAUAAUACCUUCAUAGCACAUGCCACUAUGUAUUCACUUUGUGUUGGACCAUACGCCGAUGAAACACAUUGUUCAGGUGACCGUAAUGCAUCCUAUCGGAGUGUAUUUCAAAUGAAAUAUUAUUUAAUUUUACUAAGCCUUAUUCUAUACUAUUUUCUUCACUAAAAAAGGUAUUGCUGGUGAAUUCAUCUGAAAUUCUAACAACUAAUCACAAGUGUAUUAAAUAAUUAUUAUAUAUUAGUGAUGCAAAUUUAUUCUAUGAGCCGUUGUCAUGUUUUACUUUUGCAAUGUUAUUAACUGUAUCCCUUAUUUCUCUUAUGUUAGAGAGUAUAUCUUAGCAUACCCGAAGAUUUCAGUUUUUCAGGUGUAUAACUGUGAUAAGUCGUCACUGCACUCCUUUUUUGACUGAUGUAUUUAUUUGUUUAUUUAUUAUCAUUUUUUGAACAAUAUUUUCAUCUCAAAUGAAGAAUGAUUAUGUAAUUAAGUUUCACAGAUACCACAAUCACUUCUUGUAGUUGUCGUUUUUCUUCCUGGUUACUUUCUUUAAAACUCACCCUCUUUUUCAAAAGUUUAAAGAGUUAAAGUAUGUAACAAAUCCAACUUUAUUGUUGUGUCGGUAAUAGAAGGAGAGAAUAACGCUGGUGAUAAACAACGAACGAACGAACGCAAGAUAAUUCUGUGUAAGGAUUUUCCAUCUAUGUUACCAGGGAUACGAGUGAAUAAAAUUCUUAUUAUCCUAUGCUUUUAUCGAUAUUGUUUUCUUUUCAUGUGUUGAUACCAAACUAUACUGUUUAGAAAAUCGUUUUAUACAGAUAAUCUUGUGAGAAAUUUGCAUUGCUUUUGUCAUUCAACUUGAUUAUAGUGAAAUUCCAAAAUAUCAUUGAGUAGUCAGUAUUCGCAUGACUAUUGCAUGACUUUAUCAAAGCCACUUGUAAAAUUAAAAAUUAAUUUUUGUUUUUUUUUAAUUCUAAAUAUCAAAGUUUGGGGUGAUUUUAUUAUUUUAUUAUUUUAAUUCAUAGCAGGUUUUUCAUUGCAAUAUACCAGUUCAUAAUUUGAUAUUUUAUGAUUGAUUUGGUUGUUAUAUCUUAAAGUUGGUCAAUAUGCACCGUGGCAUUUUCUAGCUUUUCUGUAAGUGAUAAUAAUAUAUUUCUGUUAUUUAUGGUAUUCUUACUGUGUUGUUAUUACGUAAUAGUCACUCAUCCUUACUAAACAGGACGUCCACUAGUAGUCACUUGAAUAAGUAGCUUAUUUAACUUGUAAGUAAC